UGACUUGGUACCUCGCAUAUCCACUCCGACGGUUCAACAAUCUAUAUCAACUUCCUCAUUCUCACCUCCAUUCCCCCAGUCUCUAGAGUCGUUUGCCACCAUUCCGUGAGUUUCAUCUUGACUAGUUCCUUUUUCUUCCCUCCACUGCAUCUCGGUCACUUGCAUGCGAGGCUUUUUCUCUUCCAACAUCUAUUCUUACCCUCCUCGCCAUCAACCAAUCUUAUCGCUGUUAGCUGUGAGGACUCCAACAAUAACAUUAUCACAGCCUACCUCCCCCACACAUUGUCCAGCGUACCUGCCUCAUGCUUAGAGGUGCUUAUUCAAACUCUGAAGCUAUAUCUUGCUCUCUGUCGCCAGUCCAUCUAUCCACGUUCAUCCGCACCUCAAACACAUCUUCCGCAGCAACUGCUUAUCAACCACGACAUUCUGCCUCCAAAAAAUCAUUGUCCUCCAAAGCCAGUAAACAAACCACCGUGACCAUGCGUCGGAGCAAUGCAGCCUCAGAGAUUCCUCUUCCUAUCACUUACACACCUACCACUCAUCGUAUCAGCAAAGCCAAGAAGGGCAAGCGUGUACAUGCUUGCGAAUUCCCAGGAUGCAACAAGGUGUUUACCAGAGCAGAGCAUAGAAGACGGCAUGAAUUGAACCACAAGCCUGAAGCUUUAUACCGCUGCCCUCAUCAGAACUGCAAAAAGGAGUUUCAUCGUUCAGACUUAUUAACCCGGCACUUGGCAAGACAUGAGCUUGAGGCACAGAUGGAGAGCUCAUCACAAUGGGACCGAGAUACACAAAUUCCCACUAUUUCAGAAACCACUCGAGUGUCCAAGUGCAUGCCGAUAGAUCCAGCCAUAAACACAUACCUCGCUACCACACAGUCACCAAGCACAAUGUCCGUCGGAGCCCUGGUGGGCUCGUCCAUGCACCCGAGCCUCACGAGCAACUGCAGUCUCUUGUGGAACUCGAUGGACAUGCACUCAGCUUCUCAGGUACCCAUGUAUGGCAAUCACCAGAUCUUCGAGUCCGUUGAGGACACUCGUUUCUACGCAACCCCGGAAACAUGCCCGUCGCCCGCCUCGGAUGGCACCUCGCUCUCUCUCCCGCCUCAUAGCCGUUCCUCACUCUCAUCUACCCCAGCUACAAUGGUCGAUUCGUAUCCAAGUAGCAUCAUCGACUCUGAUCUGACGUCCUCGCCGGUUCCUAUGCACUCCACGUUACGUGGUUGGGAUCCUGCCGAGGCCAAUCUCUCCUCAAUGGUUCCCAUGUCGUUGAAUGGAAGCCUGCUCUCUCCACCUAUUACUUGCCAUUAUCCUUCCCCUACAUGGCCAUCCUCACACCAUGUCGCCUAUGAUGACCUCCAUCAUCCCCAAACAGUAGCCUUUCAAUCUGUACCAUGGAAGUCCUGGACGCUGUAACCGGUAUACCCUCGCAAUCAAUCCCGCCAUCCCUCACCAUCUAUAUCACCAAAAGGCUGGUUGCAAGGAUUUCCAGCUCCUAUUAUAUCCUCCACGACCACACUCCAUGGCAAUGUCAUCAAACAUGCCUCAAUCCUAUCCUCACCUACAUCCUCUGAUAAAAAAAACCUCAUGGCCAGGCGCAUUCUUGUAUAGCUCACCACAAUCAUAUAUCCAGGCUUCAGGUCCUCAUCCCGUUGGUUUAUGCGAUGUCUUUUUUUUUUAUUUCCCUUAUGUCCUUCUUUAUGUUGCUUAACGAGCAUAUACCCACGAUUCGCUUUACAGAACUGCAACAAUACGAUCGUUUCCAAGUAUUGUACAAUUACAUUACAGCUUCCCUUCGCUUGCACGUGUCUCUGGACAGAAACGCCCUUAUGAUAGAUCUUGUUUGGAUUGAUUUAUCCAUUUGCAAUGGUGGAUUUGGUUCCAUGCUUCAUUGGCAG